AUGUGCCAACGACAUAACACCCACACGGAUUCACGUCCCCCCCUUCGCGCCGUAAUCCUCGAUUUCGGCGGUGUCCCCCAUCUCGACGUAACAGGCCUCCAAAACCUCAUCGACGUCCGCGCACAACUCGACCGACACGCCGGCGUCGCAGUCCCAUGGCACUUCGCACAAGUCCGCAACGGGUGGAUCAAACGCGCCCUCGUAUCCGGUGGGUUUGGGCAAACAGAGCAACCCCGUCGUUCCGUAUUCUCCGUCGCGAACGUCGGUGUGCAGAAUGAUCCCGUUCCCAAAGAGGCAGGAGCCCAGGAUGAGGAGAUUGGUGUGGAUACGGAUAGUGUUAGUAGUGUGGGUAAGAUUGUGCCAUUGUUGAGUGUUAACCGGCCGUAUUUCCAUGCGGAUUUGGAUGAGGCGGUGAAGGCUGCUGUGUUGGAGAGUGAGGAUGUGAAGGCGUAG